AUGAUUGCAUUUUGGCAGAUUUUAUUACUUUGUGUGCAUUUGUUGCAUUUUAAAGCGACAUUAGCCGAGAAUGUGCCAUCGAUAAGAACAUCAGCAACAACCUUAUCGGAUCAAAUUCCGCAAACCAGUGCGGUUGACUCCCAGGCCGCUGUCAAUGCCACGGUUGAUCAAGAUUUCGCUGCCCCUGUGGACGGUAAUGCCCGGCAGCAGCGACAAUUCUUCUUUGAUCCCAGUCUGUUUCUACUGCAGAGUGGUCUGACUGGCGGUGGCGCUUGGGAGGGGUCCAGAUGCCUGACCUCGAAUGGUCAGCAAGGCGUUUGUGUCCGCAUCCAAAGUUGCCAGCAGUAUUAUCGCUCAGUGCGGCAAUUGUCCUUCAUAGCAGUGCGUCAAUGGCAGCCCACAGGAUCUCUGGGCUUGGGUGCUAAUAUAUGCAACUUUUAUGAUCAGUUGGGACGCGUCAAUAAUGGCAUCUGCUGCACAAACAUGAAUGGAAACACAUUUGGCGUUUUUCCAAUACCGACGACAACGACAACUACCACAACAACAGAGAAGCCCUCGACAGCUGACGAUGACGUUGACAGGGUGGUUGAAGAAGGAGAAGAGGAAGAUCCCACAAAUGUGUUGCCAAUUAACAAUGCAGAGCCGACUGAGCAGGAUACUGAUCCCGUAGAUAAUGCCAAUAGCGUGGAGGACACCCCCGACUUUCAGGACAUGAACACAAUUGAACCAAAUGCUCCCGAGGUGCAGCCGGCACCUGCACAACCACCAUCGCCUACGCCACCCACGACAGCUGUUUAUCCCUAUCAAUGGCCUUUUGGCACCUUUGCUGGUGGCUUGCCACAGUGGCCGCCACCGGUGCCCACACACCCACCCACCGUUGGCGGUUGGCCACCUCCAAUUCCGACCCAUCCGCCGAGUCAUCAGUAUCCCACGCAUCCGACCUCUCGACCCAUCCACAGUACACCCAGCUCGGUGCUGACCACUCGACGCACCACACCACGUCCAUUGGGCAGGCCUCCUAGCAGCAUAUACACCACUACCAGGCGACCCAGCUCUCCGGUGACAUCGAAACCAACCACAACUCGUCGUCCGGCGAGCGGCUCCAGUCCGGAGGGCUUGCCACUGCAGUGCGGCAACAAGAAUCCCGUGUCACCCGAUCAGGAGCGCAUUGUGGGCGGCAUUAAUGCCAGUCCGCACGAGUUCCCCUGGAUUGCGGUGCUCUUCAAGUCAGGCAAGCAGUUCUGCGGCGGCAGUCUGAUUACCACCAGUCACAUCCUUACUGCGGCUCAUUGCGUGGCACGCAUGACAUCGUGGGAUGUGGCUGCCUUAACUGCUCAUUUGGGAGAUUACAAUAUACGCACGGACUUUGAGGUGCAACACGUUUCGCGUCGCAUCAAACGCUUGGUGCGGCACAAGGGCUUCGAAUUUAGCACACUUCACAAUGAUAUUGCCAUUUUGACGCUGAGUGAGCCAGUGCCGUUUAGCAAGGAGAUUCAACCGAUUUGCUUGCCAACAUCGGUGGCACAGCAGGCACGCUCAUACAGCGGCCAUGUGGCAACUGUUGCCGGCUGGGGUAGUCUGCGCGAAAACGGACCACAGCCAUCUAUUCUGCAGAAGGUGGACAUACCGAUCUGGGCAAAUCCGGAGUGCGCUCAGAAAUACGGACGUGCUGCGCCUGGUGGCAUCAUCGCGUCCAUGAUCUGUGCUGGCCAGGCUGCCAAGGAUUCGUGCAGCGGCGACUCGGGAGGUCCGAUGAUCGUCAAGGAGGGCAGCCGCUAUACGCAGGUGGGCAUCGUCUCUUGGGGCAUUGGCUGCGGCAAGGGGCAGUAUCCGGGCGUCUACACGCGUGUCACUGCGCUGCUGCCAUGGAUCUAUAAGAACAUUAAAUGAACUUCGAAAUGUAUAUAGUUUAAGUCGUGAUAUUGAGACAAGUGUAAUAAACAUUAUAAAGUGCA